UUCCUUCGCGCGACCGUCCAGCUGAGUAGAUCCCCGCGCUCGCGAGGUGAGCCAGGAUUUGAGGAGAGGAGGGCACGCGAAGACGUUUCACACUCAGCUCGACAAAACAUGCACAUCCUCGGCGUCCCGUUUGUGCUGCUCUGGCUUCUCUCCGGCCCCUCCUGCGCUCUCGGUGGGAAAGUCAACAAGCACAAGCCUUGGAUAGAGACCUCUUACCAUGGAGUGAUUACAGAGAACAUGGAGACGGUGCUGCUGGACCCUCCACUGGUCGCGCUGGACAAGGAUGCUCCGGUUCCUUAUGCUGGGGAGAUUUGCUCCUUCAAGAUCUUUGGUCAGGAUGCCCCUUUUGAGGCAGUGGUGUUGAAUCGCACAUCAGGAGAAGGAGUCCUGAGAGCCAGCAGUCAUGUGGACUGUGAGAGCCAGAAGGAAUACACCUUCAUCAUCCAGGCUUACGACUGCGGCGACGGCCCUAGUGGAGCUAACUGGAAAAAAUCUCACAAGGCUGUGAUUCACAUACAGGUGGAUGAUGUCAACGAGUUCAGCCCCGUGUUUAGAGAGUCUCUUUACAAGGCGUCAGUGACUGAAGGCAAGAUCUAUGACAGCAUCCUGCAGGUGGAGGCGUGGGACCAGGACUGUUCACCGCAGUACAGUCAGAUCUGUAACUAUGAAAUUGUGACUGGAGGAACCCCAUUUGCCAUAGACCGCAAUGGUAACAUCAGAAACACAGAGCGACUAAGUUAUGAAAAGCAGCAGAGCUACAGGAUUAUGGUGUCUGCCUUUGACUGCGGUCAGAAGAAAGCAAAAGAGGAUGUGGCAGUUCACAUCGAAGUCAAGCCUGUCUGCAAACCUGGAUGGCAAGGCUGGAACAAGCGAGUGGACUACGAGCCGGGGACCGGAAGCAAGCAGCUCUUUCCCAAGAUGCACCUGGAAACAUGCGGCGGUCCGCUGUCAGGUGUGAAGGCCAUGGUGGAGCUGCAGACAAAUCACAUCGGAAAGGGCUGCGACCGUGAAACCUACUCUGAAAAGUCUCUGCAGAAACUUUGUGGAGCAGCCUCAGGCAGCACCGACCUCCUUCCUGCCCCGAGCCCCUCCACAAACUGGACCGCAUCUCUCCUCACCGACAGCGGACGCGAGAGCGACCUCAUCUACAGGUUCGACGGGCGCCAGGCUGCAAAUGUUCCGUUUCACGUGGUGCCGCAGAACCUGACAGACCAGUUCACCAUAGCAACGUGGAUGAAACACGGGCCGAGUCCGGGACUUAGAGCUGAGAAGGAAACCAUACUGUGCAACUCUGACAAGACAGAGAUGAACCGCCACCACUACUCUCUGUAUGUUCACAACUGCCGCCUGGUGUUCCUGCUCAGGAGAGAUUUCACGCAGAUUGACACUUUCCGACCCGCUGAGUUCCACUGGAAGCUGGAGCAGAUCUGUGAUAAGGAGUGGCACUACUACGUGAUCAACGUGGAGUUUCCGGCAGUGACGCUCUUCGUCGAUGGCGUGACUUAUGAGCCGUACCUGGUGACGGAUGAUUGGCCGAUUCAUUCCUCAAAGAUUGAUACCCAGCUGACUGUGGGUGCCUGCUGGCAAGGUGGCGAGGUGGCAACGCCGAGGUUCACCCAGUAUUUCCACGGCAGCCUCUCAGGUCUGACGAUCCGACCAGGCCGCAUUGAAACCCAGAAGGUUAUCUCCUGCUUGCAGGCCUGCAAAGAAGGCCUUGACAUUAACUCCCUCGAAAGCCUAGCUAAGGACAUAAAGUUUCACUUCAACCCGGCCCAGUCAGUUCUGGUGGUGGAAGGAGGGGAUGUGGACAGCAUCAACACAGCCAUGACCAAAGUCUCUUACAUCAACUCUCGGCAGUUCCCCACACCAGGCCUCAGACGGCUGCACAUCUCCACAUCUGUACAGUGUUUUGGAGAGGACACAUGUGUCUCCAUCCCGGACAUCAAGGCGGUGGUCAUGGUGCUGCCACCCAGUGAACCCAGAAUCACCAUUUCAGGAUCCAAGCAGCUUGUCAGACCCGCCAGCGACCUCCGCAGCCCGCUGGGCGUGGCGCCCUUCAAAGAGCUUCGGAUCACCAGCACGGUGAUGAAGGGCGACAGCUUUGGUGGAUACCGUCGGCCAGGGGUGAUGGAGGUGAUGCAUAACCUGGACUACUGUGAUGUGCUUGUAAUCGGAGACGAACUGGAACCAGAGAGCGAGAGCCUGGAGAUUCAGCACAGCGCUUUACUGGGAAAACACCUCGACGCCACCAACUCCACCUCUGGAAUAUCAAUAUAUGGUGUGGACUCCAUGGCCCACUAUGAGCAGGUCCUGAGACAGCUACGCUACAGGAACUGGAGACCUGCCUCUCUGACGGAGAGAAGGUUCAGACUUACCUGCUCCGAACUCAAUGGACGUUACACCAGCAACGAGUUCAACCUGGAGAUCAGCGUUCUUCACCACACUGCACCCAUGGAGCACGUUAAUCACAUGGCCGGCCAGUCCCAGUACAUGAGACCGGUCCAUCACCCGCUGAUGAUCCACACCCUGAACUCACACAUGUCAGGUCCAGCGCCCCCUGCGGCCACAGUUGUCAUCGUGGUGUGCAUCGCCGCCCUGGUGAUCAUUGUGGUGAUCGGGAUCUACAGGAUCCAUGCCACACAUCAGGAGGGCUCCAGAGAUGAAGAGGAUGAAAUCAAAGAUCCAGAGUCGGACUGGGAAGGCUCUGGACUCAACAUCACUGUCAACCCCAUGGAGGACAUGAGAGGACCCCAGGCGCUGGGAGAAGCUGCGAGAGGAGAAGAAUGCGAGGAGGAGGAGGAUGAAGAAGACGACGCUGAGCUGGUGGGAGGCAUGACGAUCGUUGAAUCAGACAGCAGUGAUGAAGACGAAGAGGAGGGGAACAAAGGAAGAGAAGAGGUUAACGGGAGGAAGCAGAAGGGGAAACCUGAGUGGGACAGUUCAUGUGGAACAUACUAAGCACACACACAGGAAUCCGUCUACACAAACACAGUGGCUUUAUCUCUCUCAACUGCACACACACACACUCACACACCCACUACGCAGGCAUUAACACAUGCUUGUCACACACACACACAAAUUGUCUGAUAAAAUCAAUUACAAUCUUUUGCUGGAAAAAUACACAAAUUCUCCCAUGUUGUUGUUUUUGAAGUAAUAUCGCCCUCUUCUGGACAAAGUCAAACAUUAGCUGCAGUGCCACAGUGCUGGAAAUCAUUAUCCGAGUGUUUGUCAUUGUUCCCGCCUCUGGCAGCGAGGCAGAGCAUCCAUAAACACACAAAAUAAGCACAUGUGUCAUUUCACCAUUUGUGAUGGUGUUUAGGCGUGUGUGUGUGUGUGUGUGUGUGUGUGUGCAGACAAGUCUGAAGUUUUUCUUCAUAACACAUAAAACUCAUUUCUUGUCCCAGAAUUUAGUACAGUGUGUUACAAAAAGUAUUCAUACACUAAACUUUUCCAGUUAUCUCAACACGUUGCAACCAAACUUCAAUGUUUUUAGCUAUACGUGACAGACCAACACAGAGUGACACUUCAAGCCGUCUGCAGCCUCUAUCAACUUCUAUCCAUCUUCCAAAGACCAGCUUAUCGGUCUUUGACAAAUAAGAGCCUCCCGACAGCAUGAUGCCGCCUCCACUAUGUUCCCCCUGUAGGGAUGAUGUGUAAUGAUAGUUUUCCUUGGCAAAACGCUGUCUUUGCAUUUAAUCCAAAAAGUUCAAUGAUGCUCUGCUCAACAGAGCAUCCAGCCCACAUGUUUACUGUGUCAUCUACGUAGUUGGCUUGUGGCAAAGUGAAAAUGGGGAUUUUUUAUCUAUUUCUAUUAACAAUGGCUUCCACACACGCAAUUUUGAUACUUGGCAGAAAUUGCAAAGUAUUGCAAAUUGUUGUCUUGCAAUUCCAAGAAAACAAAGUAAAAAGUAAACAAAUAACAUAUUCUCAAUAAGCACUAUAUUGAAGUAAAACAAAAACAUUCAGGAAGUUUGUAGCUUAUAUAACCUAUCGACAGAUUCUCUCACCUGAGCUUUGAUUCUCUGCUGCUCCUCCAACACUACCAUGGCCCCCUGAGCUGCUGCUUUGAUUAAUGCUCUUCUUCCCAAGCCUCUUAGUUUAGGGGAAGUCUCAUUUCCUGGUUUGUUUGCAGUUUUGCGUAUGCAUAUUGCAAAUUUAAAUGUCGAGAUGAUGGAUUGAACAGCACUUCUUGAAAUGGCAGAGUUGUAGAGGAUUUCAUUUAUCUCCACAUUGUGAUACUUUUCUUUCCCCCGUUCACAUUUGUGAACCCGUUUGUCCUGGUUCAUCACAUAGAAUCCCUUCAAAAUGUGUGGUUGUAAAAGGACAAAAUGUGAAAAAAAAGUUAACAAGCUAUGAAUACUUAAGCAAAGCGCUGUACACAUGUCCUAACAUUACUUUUUGUUUUCAUGUCUUAACCGCAUUGUCUGCAAAUCAUAUGUAUGAAUUCAUGUGUCCACAGGUUAAUAUAUGCAUAAAACUUUUAGAUAUAGAUUAUUGAAUCUAAAUAUUCUGUGUAGUGUAGCAAUGUUGUUGCUCAGUGUUCGUCAUCCCUGUCUGCAGCCUCACGCCGCCUCCUUCUGCAUGAGCAGUGCUGUGGCUCUGUGGCCUGCGCAUCGUCAAAAAUAUGGGAUCUCUCACUACAAAGCACUCCUCAUUUCUUGUAUGCUGCAUACAAUGACCAUGCAACAACAGAUUAGUUCGGCUAGGUUUUUAAAGCUAACUUAAUCAUGUUGUUUUUAUCCCAAAAGCUUUUCUGUCUUGAAUCGGAAGUCCGUAAUCGCAUAGAGGUACUUUAAUUCAAGUCUGAAGGCCAAAACUGGCCUCAAAAUGAAACGUAAAGAGAGGCAGAUUUUAAAAAUUGUGAUUAAAGCAAUAUGUAUGUUAGUCUACAACUUACACAGGACUUUCAUGAUCAUAGGCAUCACCAUAAUUGCCACCCAGCAUCACCCUGCAGCAAGGUUGAACUCUGAGAAAUAGCGACAGAAGAGAUUUUUUGUUUUUUAAGUUUAAAUGAGUUUAAAUGUAAUGUGUAAACAUACGUUAGUCUGACUGAGAGGUUCCCUCUCCACCUCCUCAUAACCAUUUCAGCCUCCAGUGCCAAUCAGAAGUUUACAUCCACUCAGCAUGAGCAUGAAUAUUAUCACUUUUGGACUUCAUUUACACCUAUUAACACACACACAUGGCGUUUUAUUAAUUUUAAAUACAAAGCUGGGUGCACUAAUUUGAUUUUCUUUUGAACUUUCUCUAAUACACACAAUGGCAAAAUAGAUAUUAGGUCAAAUAUGUGCAUACGCCCUAAAUAUUAGAAUCAAUGUCUCUUAGCAUCUUGCAGCACAAAUAAAUCAACCAAAUGAAUGUUACAAUGGAUGGAAAAAAAUGACCAGAACUAUAAACAUUCGAGUGUUGGUGCUUUCCACCCACUUAUUGAGACAAAAGCAGUUUAUUUCCUGUUGCAUUUCUAUAGAUGGAUGCUUGGUUAAAGCAGUGUUUCUCAAUUCCGGUCCUCAUGCACCCCCUGCCCUGCAUGUUUUAGGUGUUUCCCUUCUGCCACCCA